UCGGCGGUGGUGUGGUAGAUGGAGAGCGAGACCAAGAGGAGGAAAUACUCCACCAGCAGCAACGACUCAGACACCACCGACAGUCAGGUGACGUCAUGGUCCAGGUCGGCCAAGAACGCGGGAACCAGCAUCACGUGGGUACGACAUCAGCACAAGAAGCAUUCAGAGGUGUUUCGCACCGAUUUCAUCACGGCCAUGAAGCUUCCUGACUCGGCGCAGUUGGGUCCGGAUGACUUCUACGUGCUGUCGGAUCCAUGGAGGCAAGAGUGGGAGAAAGGAGUGCAGGUGCCCGCCAACCUAGAGGCCAUCCCGCAGCCUGUGGUCAAGUUACUCCCUGAGUCAAUAUCUGGAACGUCCCUUGAGGGCGACGAGGACCCCAGGCCUCUCCCCGGCCAAGUGUACAGCUGUUACGACCUGGACGACACAGACGUGGCCUGGUUGGAACUCGUGAAUCUCGAGUUUGCGCAGAUGGCGCUACCUGAGCUGGACGAGCUGACGAUGGAGCGCGUCCUGGUGGAGCUAGAGCGCGUGUGCGAGGAGAAGAUGGGGCAGGCCAUAGAGGCGGAGGAAGGCCUAGGCAUCGAGUACGACGAGGAUGUGGUCUGCGAUGUGUGCCGCUCGCCCGAGGGCGAGGACGGCAAUGAGAUGGUCUUUUGCGACAAGUGCAACGUCUGUGUGCACCAGGCCUGUUAUGGCAUCCUAAAGGUCCCGCAGGGCAACUGGCUUUGUCGGACGUGCGCCCUGGGCGUACAGCCCAAGUGUCUGCUGUGCCCCAAGCGGGGUGGUGCCCUCAAGCCCACCCGCAGUGGAACCAAGUGGGUCCACGUCAGCUGUGCCUUAUGGAUCCCAGAGGUGAGUAUAGGUUGUCCGGAGAAAAUGGAGCCCAUCACCAAGGUAUCCCACAUCCCCGCCAGUCGAUGGGCUCUGUCCUGCAGCCUGUGUCGAGAACACACCGGAACGUGCAUACAGUGUUCGAUGCCGUCUUGUAUUGUGGCCUUCCACGUGACGUGCGCCUUCGACCACGGUCUGGAAAUGAGGACCAUCCUGGCCGAGAACGACGAGGUCCGCUUCAAGUCCUUCUGUCUGGAGCACAAUGGCGGCGGAGUGGCCCGACCCGAGUGCACUCCCGAGCUCCCGGAGUCCAAACCGGUACCGUAUUCGGUCUCUGAGAGGGCGGAGCGGGACCAGUUGGAGCGGGACAAAGUGAGCCAGAGGAAGCAGAAGCUCCAGGAACUGGAGGACGAGUUCUACCGACUGGUGGACCCUGGCGAGGUGGCAGAAAACAUGACGCUACCUGUUACCCAGGUGGACUUCCUAUACCAGUUCUGGAAGCUGAAAAGGAAGGCCAACUUCAACCAACCUCUGGUGACUCUUAAACAAGACGAAGUAGACAACUUGGCCCAGCAGGAGCAGGACGUCCUGUACCGUCGACUCAAGCUUUUCACGCACCUCCGACAAGAUCUGGAGAGGGUUCGAAACCUUUGCUACAUGGUGACGCGGCGGGAGAAGAUGAAGCACAGCCUGUGUGACCUCCAGGAGAAGAUCUUCCAUCUGCAGAUACAGCUGCUGGAAGAGGACAUGGCUGGAGAGAAAGCCCAGAAGGGUGGAGUAAAGAGGAAGCAGAGUGCAGGGAAGGAGAGAAAGGAGCGAUGGAAUUCAGACAGUGACUCCCUGCUUAAAGAGCUAGGUCUGUCCAAGUCUUUCCCAUUGGACAACUCAUUGUUCGACAGUUGGCUAGCUCAGUCGGUGCAGAUCACUGCCGACGACAUGCUCAGCAAGUGGGCCCUGGCUUCACAGCACCAGGACAAGAGUGGCAGCCUGCUUUCCGACCAGCUUCUGCAGGGUGAGGAGAAUCUGCUUAAUUUGAUGAUGGAAAACUCCAUGGAGUCCACGUGGAAGACGCCCCAGCUGGGCCGCAAAUCCCGAGGCAGCUGUAAGCCCCGCGCCCGUGGGCACCUGGCCACCUCCGGCACCGUUCCGUCACCACGGGCGCUUGUGUCCGCCGGCUCGGUGUCCAAAAUCUCCACCGUGGAGGGUUCCUGGACGGGCAUGGGGUCAGAGGAGAAGCACGGGGCGGGGUCCCGAGGUUCCUCCGGGGUCUUCCACCUUCACCGCCACCACACCAGGAGUUCUGACCUACAGCCGCCUAUUUCCAAAAUGGACUCCUGCCACAUCUCGGAGGACGGCGGGCCAUGGGGCAGCAAGGGUGUCACGUCAAGAGCGAUGCCCUCCUCGCCAUCUCCGCGGCUACGCGGGUCGCGUCAUGUAAAAUCCAGAGGGCGGGGCGUCGGCAGGGCGAAGUCUGAGGCGAAGGACCGGCAUUUGCUCCGCGGCGACGGUUAUUUUUCCGACGGGGAACAGAGCGACUUGGACACGCGCCCGGGCGGCGCACGCAAACUCCGCCUAGCGCCACUACGUUCCGGAAACGAGGACCUGCUGAGACGAAGCGUCAUGGCCUCUUAA